AUGAACAAGUGGUUCGCAAGUGCUAGAGAUCUAUCAGACUCAGAGUCAGAAGACUCAUCAGAAGAUGAAAAGAAACCAGUCCUAACUCCCGCUCAAACUGCUGCAGCUGCCAAAAAGACUGCAGUUCCAGCCAGAAGAAAUUACAUGAAAAACUUUGAAGAAUCAUCAGAAAGUGAAGAGGAAAAUAGAGUAGUAAAGACUAAGGAAGAUAAACAAUAAGAGGUAUUGAAUACUAUGAUCAAGGACAUCAACAACCAUUUGAGAAUUAACGAUUUCAGUUAGCUUAUGACAGACUUCGACAAAUUCUGCGAGGAAAUGGAAAAGGACGAGGAAUAGCAAAGAGGAAUUAUCUUUUAAAAGGGAAAGGAAUGCAUAUUACCUCUCAACCUAUUAAGACUCUUGGUGAAGAUUGAAAACGCAAUCACUGAGACUUAAUAAUAAGUCAAGGACAAGAAAUUGAAUCUCAACAAGACCAAUAGUGUUCAGAUGAACAAACUAAAGCAAAAAAUGAAGAAAUAUCUUCCAGUAAAGGGACCGGCCUCAAACACUCUUGAAUAGCAGAUCGCUAAAUUCAGAGAGAACCCAGUCUGGAGUGAAGACGAGAGAAAGGCUGCAAAAGCUGCUCAAAAGACACAAGAAGAGGCAAAAGCAGCUACAAAGAAAGAAGAUACAACAAAAGUACCAGCAAAAAAGACAACAAAAGAUUCAGAUGAGAGUGAAUCUGAAGAAGAGGAGGAAGAAGAAAGUGAGUAUGAUGAGGAAGAAGAAGAGGAAGAAGCUUCAGAAAGUUCAAGUGAGGAAGAAGGAACUACAGGAGGCAUGACACUUAAAGAAUUCUUCAAGUCAAUCCCCAGAGAGCAGAUGACUCCCGCUCAAAGAAGACUUAAGUGGGUUAAAAAGGACAGACUUCCUCAGCAUCUUCAAGAUAAGUUUGGAAUAAAAAAGACAGUUGAAAAGGUACCAGAAAACAAAAAAGAACCCAAGAUCACUGCUUCUCAAAAAGAUAAAGAUAAGGAGGUAGGUGAUAAGCAAGUUGACAAAUUGCAAAACGCCCUUGCCACUAAUACUAAAGAAGCUAAAGAGACAAUCCUUAAUCUCAAAACUGAUUACAAUCAAAUAGAUUUUUCCAAGGGAGACAAUGUAGUCAAAAAGAUCAAAGAACUCCAGGAUGAAAGAAUGAGAGGUAAAUUCGACCCCAAAUAUCACCUAUCUGUGCUUACAUUUAUGCUUUAACAAGUCAAGGAUGCUAAGCAAAAGGUCGAUAUUACAUUGAACUUACUAAAUUCACUCUUUGAUUCAGCUAAAAUCUCUUCAUAAGGAUAUAUGGGCAGAGAAAUCUGGCUUAUUACCUUUGAUCACUUGACCAACUUGAUUAAGCUCCUGGACAAUGAAUAAUUGAGACAAUCUUUGAGAAAUUUCUUGGCCAGAGAAACGAAAGUUGCUGUUGCUGAAAAAGUUGAGGACAGUGAGAGUGAGGAGGCUGAUGCUGAUGAGAAGUAAAUUGAACUCGCGGGUUCAGCUGAAAUUGAAAAAUCAAUAAUGCCAUCAAUAGCUAACUUUAUGGAAAAAUUAGACUACGAGUUAUUGAAAGCUUAUUAAAACACUCCACACAAUAAAAUCGAAUAUUUACAAAGACUCAGAGAUGAAAACAAAUUCCUACAUCUCUGUGAUCAAGUUCAAAGCUUUUUAAUUGAACUAGGGGAUAGAAAUAAAGCUUCAAGAGUAGCUAUUCUCAAACUGGAUCACUUGCACUUUAAAAAUGAUUCAAUCUACGAUAAAAUUAGUGCAAACCAAUCUAGUAAUGAAGAAAAUAAGCCAUACACUCUCAAUGGCAACAGUCAAUAGGCUAUUGAUGAAUUAGUAUAAUUGAUAAACUAAAAUGGUACUAACAGAAUGAAGAUUAGAGCUGCUCUCUACACAAUUUAUCAUCACAGUAUUCACAACAGAUUCCAUUAAGCCAAGGAUCUUCUUCUCAAGACUCACAUUGGUGAUAUCAUCAAUGGUUAAGAUAUUGGCACUCAAAUUAUAUACAACAGAGCAAUAACUUAAAUUGGUAUGUCAGCUUUCAGAAACGGUUUAAUUGAGGAAUCACAUGAUAUUCUCGUUGACAUUUGCCAAACUGCUAAGUUAAGAGAAGUUUUGGCUCAAGGAAUCUCUAGAUCUCCUGAUAAGCCAGUUGAAUUUGAGAAAGAAGAACUUAAGAGACAAGUUCCUUUCCAUAUGCACAUUAACCUACAUCAACUUGACUGCAUUUACAUGAUUACAGCAAUGCUCUUGGAAAUUCCAAAUAUUGCAGAGAAUUAGUACUCAGUUAACAAAAAGGUUAUCAGCAAAAAUUUCAAAAAGCUCAUUGACUAGUAUGAUGCAAAGGCUUUCUAUCUUGCAGCUGAAAAUUAUAGAGACAAUUUAGUAUUCGCUGCUAAAUAGCUUAACAAGAGCAACUGGAAAGCAGCUAUCGAUCACAUAUUCUGUAUUAAACUUAUUCAAAAGAUGCCAGAAUUCACUUCCUCUACUAGCUCAUUCAAAGACACUCUAGUCUAUAAAUUCAAGGAAGCAGCUUUGAAAGCUUUCCUCUGCCGUGGAGCUAGAAACUACCAUUCUUUUGGCCUAGAGUCACUGUCAAAUCAGUUUGACAUUCCAGUACCAAAGCUAAGACAAGUUAUUUGUAAAAUGGUAGUCAGAAAUAAGAUCCAAGCUCAUUUCGAUAAUGAACAUAAAUUACUUAUACUUGAUACAUCAUCCAAUGAAGUGAAAGAGUUACAACAAUUGAGUUCUCAAUAUGUAGAUAAACUAGAGGUUAUGGUUGAAAACAAUGAAAGGCUGAUUGAUAUGAUUGGAGGUGGCGGUCUAUACAACUACAAAGAGAGAACUGCCUUCGAAAUAUCUGCAAUUAACGCUACAAAGAGGCAGAAACAAAUAAUGAAAAUGACUGGUUCUGGGAUGCCAAAUGUUAGUUAAUAGACUCAAAGUAUCAUUUCAAAUCCUACUUAGAGACAACAAAGAUGA